AUGAGUCUCUCCCACUUCCUGAAGCUUGUGCUACAGCAGCCGAGCCUGUUCUACAGCCGAGACAUGAACGGAGUGAGUCUCUUAUAUGAUCUCCUCCACUCCCCAUGGCUGCUGGCUCUGCUCAAGGUCUAUGAGUGCCUCCAGGAAUUUAAAGAGAAGAAGCCAGCUCCUGUCACAGCCCGUGCACAAGCAUCAUCUUCAGAGGUAGUGGAAUUAUUGAGUGAAAUUCCUAAUUCCCCUGAGGUCCAUGAGCUGAGACACAUCCUGCAAGCUCUACACUUUAAGGCCUUGCUCAGCGCCCACGACACUGUGGCUCAGAAAGACUUUGAGCCCUGGCUCCCCCCACUGCCAGACACCGUCGCUGAGAGUGAAGAAGCGAUGAGGAUUGUUUGUAUGGUGAAAAACCAACAGCCUCUGGGAGCCACCAUCAAGCGCCAUGAGCUGACAGGGGACAUCCUGGUGGCCAGGAUUAUCCACGGGGGGCUGGCCGAGAGGAGUGGGUUGCUAUAUGCUGGAGACAAACUGGUGGAAGUCAAUGGAGUUUCAGUCAAGGGACUGGAACCUGAGCAAGUGAUCCACAUUCUGGCCCUGUCCCGUGGCACCAUCAUGUUCAAGGUGGUUCCAGUUUCUGACCCUCCUGUCAAUAACCAGGAAAUGGUGUACGUCCGUGCUAUGACCGAGUACUGGCCCCAGGAGGAUCCUGGCAUCCCCUGCGUGGACGCUGGGCUGCCCUUCCAGAAGGGAGAGAUCCUCCAGAUUGUGGACCAGAAUGACCCCCUCUGGUGGCAGGCCCGGAGAAUCUCAGCCCUCAGUGCCUGUGCUGGGCUGAUCCCUUCUCUCCACCUGCUGACGAGGAAGCAACGGGAAUUCUGGUGGUCUCAGCCUUAUUCGCCCCAUUCCUGCCUCAAGUCAGCUAGAGUGAGUUCUAUGGAAGAAGAAGAUGACAUGCAGAUUGACGAGAAAUGUGUGGAAGCAGACAAGGAGGAAUUUGUCUACGAUGGUCAGAUGUUCUUUAUUGCUGGUUUCCGCCGCAGCAUGCGCCUCUGUCGAAGGAAGUCUCAUCGCAGCCAUCUGCAUCCCAGCGCAUGCUGCUCCGGCCGCUGCCCCAUUGCGGGGCAUGUCCCCUACGAGGAGGUGGCACGUUACCAGCGAGGCCCUUCAGACAAGCACCGCCUGAUAGUGCUCGUGGGACCUUCUGGAGUUGGAGUCAAUGAACUGAGAAGACACCUCAUCGAACAUAAUCCCAACCAUUUCCAAAGUGCAGUGCCACACACAACUCGUUCCAAAAAGAGUUAUGAAAUGAAUGGGCGUGAGUACCAUUAUGUGUCAAAGGAAACGUUUGAAAGCCUUGUGUAUAGCCAGAGAAUGCUAGAGUAUGGUGAAUACAAAGGCCAGCUGUACGGCACCAGUGUGGAUGCCGUUCACGCGGUUCUUGAUGAAGGGAAGGUCUGUGUCGUGGACUUAGAGCCUCAGGAUAUUCAAGUGGCUCGAACCCAAGAACUGAAGCCCUAUGUCAUAUUUAUCAAGCCACCUACCGUGAGCUGUAUGAGGCGAUCUCGGAAACAUGCCAAGACCAUUACAGACUACUUUGUGGAGAGGAAGUUCAAGGAUGAAGACCUACAAGAGAUGGAGGAUUUGGCGCACAAAAUGGAGACCCAAUUUGGCCAGUAUUUUGACCACGUGAUUGUGAAUGACAGCUUGCCGGAUGCACAGGUCCGGUUGCUGGCAGCAGUGAGGCAAGCUCAAGAGGGUCCUCAGUGGGUCCCAGCAACAUGGAUUUCCACUGAGUCUGAGUCUUAGGAAGGUCUCCUGCUCAAGGUUGGAGAUUUUGCAAUGAACCUUUGUUACAGGUACCUGGAACAAUAGCUGCAAUAUAAAGUAUCACUGUUGGACCGAUGACAAUGCAUUCAACUUUAAAAGUGCUGUAGCUUAGUGGUUUUAUUUGCAAAGAAAUGUGUAUUGCAUGGUUAUAUCGAUUGCUUCUUGGGAAACCUUUUCCUUCACCUAUGUAACAAAGGGUAGGAACACGAAUGUGAAAUGUCAGCGGACUCUCCAUCGAGUUCAUAUGGUCUCUGUAGGAUUUGGAUAAAAAGAGCUUUCUUAAAUAAAACAGGCAGUUUGGAAGCUGUUUCACUAUAUAAAACCUGCUUUAGGAACAUGUGUGUGCCACAGUCCACCUUCACAAAAAGUUCGCCUCGCUGACUAGCCCGGCUCAAAGAGUUGAUCCACGGGCACGACAUCUCACCUCAAAACCUCAGAAACCGCACUGCUCCCAUUAUUUACAAGGAAAAGAUCCUUCGGAUUAGAGCUGCCCCUUCAUACAUCUUUCCCAAAGCCAAGAUUCACGGCUAUG